UGCGUGCCGCCGUUGAUCCGGUGUUGCAGUGAGGAGGUGCUUCUCGCCCGUGUUGUGUGUGUGUGUGAGUGAGUGAGAGAGCGAGUGAGUGAGUGAGUGAGUGAGUGUGUGGGGGACUUGCUUGUUGUCGGUGACUUCCCCCUCCCCUCCACCCUUACCCCUUCCCUGCCGCUGCUGCAGUGGCCGCUCCCUGGGCCGUAGGAAAUGAGCGAUAACGAUGACAUCGAGGUGGAGAGCGACGAAGAGCAACCGAGGUUUCAAUCUGCGGCUGACAAACGGGCUCAUCAUAAUGCACUGGAACGAAAGCGUAGGGACCACAUCAAAGACAGCUUUCACAGUUUGCGGGACUCGGUCCCAUCACUCCAAGGAGAGAAGCAACAGGCAUCCCGGGCCCAAAUCCUAGACAAAGCCACAGAGUAUAUCCAGUAUAUGCGAAGGAAAAACCACACACACCAGCAGGAUAUUGAUGACCUCAAGCGGCAGAAUGCUCUUCUGGAGCAGCAAGUCCGUGCACUGGAGAAGGCGAGGUCGAGUGCCCAACUGCAGACCAACUACCCCUCCUCAGACAACAGCCUCUACACCAACGCCAAGGGCAGCACCAUCUCUGCCUUCGAUGGGGGCUCGGACUCCAGCUCAGAGUCGGAGCCCGAAGAGCCCCAAAGCAGGAAGAAACUCCGGAUGGAGGCCAGCUAAGCUCCGCGGGGCAGGCCAGCAAUAAAAACUGUCUGUCUCCUCCGUCGUCUCAUCCUCCUUUCAGUUCAUCUUUAGAACCCUCAGAACCAUUUAAGAGACUGUAUUUUUUUUCUUUUCUCUCUUUUUUUUAAAUUUUAUUUUUACGUAGAAGCUCUUGGACAACAGCUCUCGUUCUCCUUCCCCAUUUCCACUUUUUUUUUUUAAUGUUUCCCUUCAGGGAUUCCCUGUCCCCACCAGGAAUUUUUAAACCAAAACACCCCAACUUGGCAGCUUUUUCUGUGGAGGACAGACGGCCGGCCGGACCUCUGAGCACACGGUGUCCUGACCACCCACCAGCUCCUCCAGCCCUGCCGGGCACAGGCCCGGAGGACUCCUGCCCCUCCUAGGCCUCUCCUCCCGGGCCACCCUCACCUCUGUUUGAUAGACUUUGUGAAUCUGUGGACUGCUCUACUUUAAGAAGAUGACUGGUUUAAGAAGUAAUCAGAAUUAAAAAGCUAUUUAUCGCUCCUGUUGAAAGACCAGAUCGUUGAAGAAGUUUGUGGUGUGAAAGGAAAUGGGGACAGAUUUGCAGCGCAGAGUCUUUGGCCUGUUUCACUCCUGCUUCUCAGCCAGCCUUAGGGGAGGGCCGCGUGACACUCAUGUGGUAUGUGUGGGGGACAUCAGCAGUGAAGUGGUAGGCGCCAGAGGGUGCUAGGGGUGGGGCAAGGAGGGAGGAUUGGGUGGGGUAGAGGUUUUGUAUUGAGGGCCAGUGAUGAUGUUUUGAUAUUUAUUUCCUGCUACUGAAAUUUGAAUCUGAGUGAAUUGUCCCUAUUUCUGAUGAUGUCGGUAUUGCAAAGCGACAGAUUCAUAAAGUAAUGAUCAAAUCUUCCUUUCUUUCCGUGUGUAUUUCUAAGAAAUAGAGCCAACUGAUUUUGUAUGUAAAUACCAAGAGCAAUUUACCUGGUACUAAACCCGCACCCCAGUGCGGCCCCUCCCACCCUCGCCCACUCCCUUUCCGACUGUUCUGGAACCUGCCCCACUGUGUGAUCCAGCCCUGGUUCUGGCUGCAGUCAGCAGAUCCCAGUGAAGGGUUUUGUGUGUUUAGGCCUCAUUUCUUUGUCUUUUUCCUACUCCGUCCCUGGCAUUUGCUGAUUUCUAGUGUAUACUCUGUAGUCUCAGUCCGUGUUUGAUUCCAUUCCAUGGAAAUAAAAAGUAUGUUGUACAUACUGCCGAAGAAUUGUCUUGCAAGUUAAGGCUCCCCUUUACUAUAAGACUAUAAAUAAAAACUUAUUUUAUCCUU